CACAGUAGAUGAAUAAACAGUUCUGGGACUUCUGCAGUUCUUUACAGGGGUGAGUCAGUCUUCAUCAUGUCUGAGUGGAAGGAGAAGUGUGAGACUGAAUGGAAUCUACAGGGAGCACCGCUACCCGACUCUGUGGACUGGAAGUCCGUCUACGAGAAGAAGCCUCUCGGCAAGAAUUUACUGCGGAACACUGCGCCUUUUGGCCUGAGUAAAGAUGACCCUCCACCUGAACCUGAGCUACCUGAUAUGCCGACACGUGGACCCCCACAGUUUCAACCUGAUGGUGACUUCAGUGGCUGGACCACAAGCACUGAGGUCCUCCCCUAUGAUAUGAGUGGCAUCCCACAGGGUGCUGUGAUCUGUGAAAUGCCUCGGUACAGCUGGUUCUCCAUGGAACAGACUGUGGACCUGAAGGCUGAGGGACUGUGGGAGGAGCUAUUGGAUGACUUUCAGCCAGAAAUAUUCAUCCAAGACUUCUAUGAGGAGAGUCAGCUCCACGACCACAUCUACGAGUUACAUGUAAAGUUACUGGGAGCGGACAAGAGCACAAUUAUUGCUGAGCACAACGUUAGUCCCGUAGAGGACCGAACCAAUUACUCACACACCUGGAAAAUGGUGUCGCUUGUGUUCUGUGGAUACGGACCUGGAGUGAGAUAUGUUCACUUCAAGCACCAGCUGAAGAAUAGUUUCAUGAACGAGUUUUUCUCUACCAAGUUCACUGACAGCGCAGUGGUUGUCAAACCAGUUAAAACCAGCUCAUAGACUCGCAUUACACACUAAUCUCUGCACACUCUGUAUACAACAUUAAAUAACACCACUCUGCUCUUUGGGCCUGAUCAGAAUGCACUGUCAGUUAAUUUCUAAACAUCUUUAACAUGGGAAUUAAAUGGGUUAAUUGUUUUUAUUUUUAUUUUGCUUUUGCUGUGUAGUUUUUUUAAACAGAGUGUGAAUAAAAAAAUAUAGUGUGUGCAAUAAA